AUGGUACAGACCUGCUUGGUGUGCUCCGGAGUUCAUAAGGGCAGCCUGACCCCGCGGGCAGCCAGGGGGGACAUGGAGAGGACGGAGAAGCCCAGCCCGUCCGCUAAGAAACACGUGCGGCUCCAGGAGAGGAGGGGCUCCAACGUGUCGCUGAUGCUGGACAUGAGCUCGCUGGGCAGCGUGGAGCCCAUCCAGCCCGUCUGCACGCCGCGGGACAUCACGCUGCAGUUCCUGCGGACGUCCAGCCGCGUGCUGAGCAAGGAGGAGCUGCAGCAGCGCGCCCAGAGCCUGGCCCAGCUCCAGGAGGAGUUUUCGAAAAUCCCACCCAACUUCGUCAGUCCGGAGGAGCUGGAGAUCCCUGGACAUGCCUCCAAGGACAGAUACAAAACCAUCCUCCCCAAUCCCGAGAGCCGGGUCUGCCUCAGGAGGGCAGGGAACCAGGAGGAAGACAGCUACAUAAAUGCCAACUACAUCACGGGCUACGCAGGGCGCCCCCGGGAGUACAUUGCCACCCAGGGGCCCAUGCCGAACACCGUGACCGACUUCUGGGAGAUGGUGUGGCAGGAGGAAGCGCCCCUCAUCGUCAUGAUAACCAAGCUGGAGGAGCGCAAAGAGAAAUGCGUCCACUACUGGCCUGAGAAGGAAGGCACCUACGGCCCCUUCACCAUCCGUGUGCAGGGGGUGAGCGAGUGCGUGGAGUACCUGGUCCGGGACCUCUCCAUCCAGCUGCAAGGUGAACGCCGCCAGGUCAAACACAUCCUCUUCCCUUCCUGGCCGGACCAGCAGACACCCGAGUCAGCCAAGCCCCUGCUGCACUUGGUGUCCAAGGUGGAAGAGACGCUGCAGGCUGCGGCCAGCCCGGGGCCCAUCAUUGUGCACUGCAGCGCAGGCAUCGGCCGGACGGGCUGCUUCAUCGCCACCAGGAUCGGGUGCCAGCAGCUGAAGGACACAGGAGAGGUGGACAUCCUGGGCAUCGUAUGCCACCUCCGCAUUGACAGGGGCGGGAUGAUCCAGACGAGCGAGCAGUACCAGUUCCUCCAUCACACUCUAGCUCUGUACGCUUCCCAGCUGCCGGAGGAGGGAGGCCGCUAG